GCCGAACCCAAUCCCGACCAGAUUGAAACCUUGCUCGAGGCGCGCGGAUGGCGAUCGCGAGUGCCAAUGCCGCCGUGCAGCAGCUCUUGCUGAGCCACAUGGGCCUCGGGCCCAAGUUCAACUACCGGUCGCUCGUUGCCGCGCCCGAGUUCGCGGCGCUCAAGUACAAACAGACGCUCCUCACGCAUGCUUGCGUCACGCGGAGCUCGCCCGUUGUCAUGGACGUCCUCCUCUUCCUGUCGCACACCAUGUCGGAGGCGCUCUUCCACGCCGAGCUGUGUCUGCCCAAGCACCUCUUUGCGCUCGACCACUGGGCCAACCACCUUCGCCAGCAGCAGCGUAGCCACCAGAGCACCGUCUUUGUAUCGCUGCGUGAUUACCCGCUCAUUGCGCUCUUCAAAAGCGUCGGGCGCACCAGCGAGCUGGCCGCCGAAGUCACGCGCUUGGUCCUCGCAGAGCCCGAUGCACAGCGCGCGCGUGCUUGGGUCGACGAGGCCAAGGCCCUCUUUUCCAACACAGUGAGCACGUCCUGGCUCGAAGCCCAGCUGCGGCAACACAUUUCGUUCCAGCAGCUUUUGCAUCAAACCGAGGCGCGGGACCAGCGGACGGCGCCGGCGGCGAUGGCCAAGGCGGGCUACUGCGACAAGCGAUCGUCGAAAGGGGCGGCGGGCCUCAAUUGGCACAAGCGCUUUCUCGUGCUGGAUGGCCACCGGUUCUGUUACUUCAAGCACGACUACGACAAGAUGGAAAAGUCGACCAACCCCUUCUUGGACAAGAAGCCGCGCGGCGAGCUCGUUUUGGACCAAUCGGUGAGCGUCCGACCGGCCGUGCACGACUCGAGCACGCGCGCCAAGCAGCUCCAACGACCGUACUGCGUCGAGGUGCUCAUCCGCGGCGUGCCAAUAAUCCUCUUUGAUGCGUGGACCAAGAUGAAUCAGGCCGAGUGGCUCACCGCGUUCGAGGCCAACAUUCAGCGAACUUCAUUCGACCCGAUCUGGCUGCGCUUCCCGCGCCCUUGUGUGCUGACGAUGACAUUGGCUCAAUUCCUUCGCUACACCAUGCUGUACCCAGACGACUCGUCGACGACCGACGACCAGAACGGGUAUGUCUGGGACGCACAUCGCGUUCGGAGCCUCCAAGCGGCCUUCAACAUUGACGCCAACCGCAUUUUGUACGCCGCGCUGGUGCACUGCGCAGUGUUGCACGAAUGGGACGCCCUCGAAGCGCUCACUCGCCCCGGAAAGGUCAAGCGGCUCUUCACGUCCCAGCCGCAAUCGACGAUCGGAUUUGGCGCCUUUUUGGACGCUGCCAUCGAGUACAAGGCCCCACCACCCGUGCUAGCGAGCUACAAAGCGGCGUACGCCAAGCAAACAACGGGCUGGGUCUCCCAGCUCACGGUCGCAUAGACGCCAACCGAUUAGGUAUAGUGCCAACAUGAGUACUUCAGUAAUAGUGUAAUGUUCAUACUGUAUUGUAAAGCCA